AUGGCUUCAGUUUCCGUUUUCUCUCCUUUACCCAACACAAAACAAAAACAUAACCUUUUAACUUCACAACCCCUGUUACGUUGUUCUCGCUCUUCCUUUUCCAUUCAAAGGGUAUCAUCAAACAGUGGCUCUAUGUCGAGCUUCGCUUGCUCUACUUCGAAUUUUCAUCGGAGGGAUGGGUUUAGUGACAGACAACGGAAAUCUCUUAAAUUUGUUGUUGAUGAUGAAAGUGUUGAUGAAAGUAUUGUUGUUGGUGGUGAUAGUGAUGGCGAUGUUGGUGAAAGAGAUUGGUCUCAGAUUUUGUCUGCAUUGCUUCCGUUUGUUGUUGCUGCUACUGCUGUUGCUGCUCUUUCUCAACCUUCCACUUUUACAUGGGUAUCUAAGGAGUUAUAUGCUCCAGCUCUUGGUGGCAUUAUGUUGUCGAUUGGGAUAGGACUAUCCAUAGAGGAUUUUGCUCUUGCAUUCAAAAGGCCUUUACCACUUUCCAUUGGAUUUAUUGCUCAAUAUGCGCUGAAACCUGUACUUGGUGUCUUGAUUGCAAAGGCUUUUGGUUUGCCUAGAAUGUUUUAUGCUGGCUUUGUCCUAAUGGCUUGUGUUUCAGGGGCUCAGUUAUCUAGCUAUGCAAGCUUUAUAAGCAAAGGGGAUGUAGCCCUAUGCAUUGUCCUUACAAGCUAUACCACUAUUGCAUCGGUUAUUCUUACGCCUUUAUUAACUGGUCUUCUAAUUGGUUCUGUAGUGCCAGUUGAUGCUGUUGCCAUGUCAAAGUCAAUAUUACAGGUUGUUCUUGCUCCGGUGACACUUGGUCUUCUUCUCAAUACAUAUGCAAAGCCAGUUGUAUCUCUUCUUCGGCCUGUGAUGCCGUUUGUUGCUAUGAUUUGCACUUCAUUAUGCAUUGGCAGCCCUCUUGCUAUAAACCGAAGUCAAAUUUUGUCAGGCGAAGGUCUUCGGUUGGUUUUUCCAGUAUUAAUAUUUCAUGCUGCUGCCUUCACGUUAGGAUAUUGGUUCUCGAAACUUCCACCCUUAAGGCAAGAAGAACAGGUGAACCGAACAAUUUCAUUAUGCACCGGAAUGCAGAGCUCCACCCUUGCAGGUCUUCUUGCAACACAAUUUUUAGGAAGUAGUCAAGCAGUUCCUCCUGCAUGUUCUGUAGUUUCCAUGGCUAUAAUGGGUCUCUGCCUUUCUUCCUUUUGGGGAAAGGGUUUUGAAAUUAGAAAUCUUCUGUCAUCAUUACCUUCACUCAGAACAAAUUCUGCUGUUAAGGCUUAA